GUUUUCGAGUACUAGAAGUGACAAGAUGUUUAGAAGUACGCUAGUGAUUUGCUUUUGCCUUUUAAGCUUAUCCCAAGCAGCUGUUUAUUCAGAGCGCUACUUUAAGGACCCAGCGCAUCCCGGCAAAUGUGUUAUAAAGGAGAAAGUAGUAUCUCCUGGUCAGAGCAUUAAACACCCCGUUAUGGCUUGUGCGCAAUUCACCUGUGAUAAUGCACAAGGCUUGGCGACGAUCGAAACCUGUGAUCCCGUCAGUGCUUUGCCUUCGCCAUUUUCUAUGAUUAAAUACGAUCCUCGGGACAAGCCGACCUGCUCUUGGGGCGAUUUCAUUAAUACGAACGCACCAUACCCGGAAUGCUGCAAACGGCAUAUCUCUUGUGUACUUUGAGAUAGUAUCUAAUGCGUGAUUACAAAUAAAUGUGCAGAAAAUGCUGUGGUCAAAAAAUAAAAUAAAAAUAUAAAAGUUAAAAAAAAAUUAAGAAAACAUAUUAAAUACAUUA